AUGACUGGGAAGGGGCUGGUCAUCUACCCGGAGAUUGGGGAUAAACUGGACAUUAUCUGCCCCAAGGCGGAGCCGUCCAAGCCUUACGAGUACUACAAGCUGUACCUGGUGAAGAAGGACCAGGCAGAUGCCUGCAGCACCGUCAUGGACCCCAACGUGCUGGUGACGUGCAACCGGCCCGAGCAGGAGAUCCGCUUCACCAUCAAGUUUCAGGAGUUUAGCCCCAACUACAUGGGCCUGGAGUUCAAGCGGCAGCAGGAUUACUUCAUCACAUGUGAGUCGCCCUCCUCUUCCUCGCCGCUGUCCCCGGCUCGGGGGGACCGCGGGGGCCUGGAGAAUGUCGCCAGGCGCUUGUUCGCGACUUGGCCGGUGCAAAGAGCUGACACGUAUGGAAAAUAUUUCCCGCUGGAUGGGAGAAGGGGGAGGAAUGUGUCACUGGCCGAGCGGGACGCCGGCCUGUAUCUGGCU